AUGUCUAUCAUUCUCGAUCCUCCGGAGCUGGGCUUUCAACGCCCCUUCAACCGUGAGGUAUGCCAGAUGUUGCACCUGAAGAACGAAGGUGCGGAGCCUGUUGUGUUCAAGGUCAAAACAACCGCCCCUAAGCACUACUGUGUUCGUCCCAACUCCGGCCGGAUAGAACCUGGCAAGCAUGUCGAUGUCCAAGUUCUCCUGCAAGCCAUGAAGGAAGAGCCUACACUAGAUGCCAAGUGCAAGGAUAAGUUUCUCGUCCAGACUGUCGCGGUCACUCGUGACAUGGAGUUCGCCAAUGUUACCUCAAUCUUUGAGAAAGCCCCCAAGACAGCACUCCAAGAACGCAAGAUCCGUGUGAACUGGCUGGCCCCUGAAGAUGCCGCGACUGGCGAACAAGGAGUCGAGACGACUGGCAAUGUGCCGGAUGAAGAGCCUCCUGCCUACACUUCUCCGAACCCCAACUACCAGACUCCUGCCGCCGCGCUUACGAAAAGCGCUAACGACACGUCACCCAUCCCACCGCCGGAUUUCAGCGAAAAGCCCAAGAGAGAGGUCUCCACCCCGCAGACUAUCGAAAGCUCGGCCACAUCUUCCAAGUCGCCCACGGCAGCUGCUAGUGAGGAUUUGAAAGCUCAAUUGUUCGAAGCUAAUUCACAGAUCUCGGCGCUCAAGGAGAAGCUGGCAGAUCAGGGUCUGAGACAGCGAAAGAUCGGGACCGAGGCCGAGAAGGUCCCCGCGCCAUUGGCACAACAGCAGCCACAGUCCGUGGAGGCCGGUGUACCAGUGCAGGUCGUGGCAGGUCUGUGCCUGCUGAGCUUCUUAAUCGCAUACUUCUUCUUCUGA